ACCUAGGGAAUUCCCAAAUCCAUUAUCCUUCCUCAAAACCUCAACCUGACCUCACCCAAUCUCUGCCAUCUCGGCGUUCUGUUCUGCCCUCGACGCUCCGCCCUCUUGCCUCUAUCCCCAGUCGCCGAUGUCACCCCUCCCUCUGUCCUAUCGGCUGAUUCGCCUCUUUCGCUGGCCUAAAGUAGUCAAGAGACUUCAUUCUCGCUGAAGACUAGAAUAAUCGCGAGAUAACGCAACAUUGAAGUCUUGAACCGAGUUUGCCCAUGCCUUCACAAAUCCUUCAUUUCUCUUCUUCAUAAUCAUCUUCUAGGGCUCGCAUUGUAUUUUCUCCGAGAUUUUUCCCGGAAAAAUCCCGCGAAGAUGGACGGGAACUUGGAAAUCUCUCUAGACAAACUUCAGAUCAAGCGUCUGGAUGCCAUUGAAGAAAACGGAGCUGAGCGAUUCCCUUUCGAUGAAGGUUAUGAUGAGAAGCGAAUGAACUUAAUUCGGCGAAUAGACUUCGCAUGGGCGGUGGAGAGGCAAGACCCGAGUAAGAAGCAGAAGAAGAGUUCUUCCUCCAAGGAGGCCACAGCGACGCCGUGGCCGUGGCAGAGCAUGGUGGAGAAUUUGCAGUUGGCUCAUCAGGAGCUCUCUGUCAUAUUCGAUCUCAUCAAAACUGUGGAAGCUAACGAUGCAGUUACUGUGGCUGGCAUGACUCGACCCAAGCAGUUACCUAAUGAAUUACUGUGUGACUUAUCUGUAUCUACAGCAACAAAGCUGCAAUGCUUUAGGGAUCUUGGGAAAUAUUUCAAGAAAUCUGCCAAAGCAUUGGAACAGCAGGUCACUAGAGAAGCAAGAUUCUACGGUGCUCUCAUCCGAUUGCAGCAAAACUGGAAGGUUAAACGGCAGCGUGUGGUCUCUUCUUCUUCUGCCAAUGAAGGCUUCUAUAUUGAUCUAUUUGAUAAUUCAUUAUAUGAUUCAGCAGCCAUAUCCCGCCCUUCAGCUAUAUCGACUGCACGUAUUGAGCAUGAUCCAACUAGGAUGCUUGUUGUGAACUUACCUCCAAAGUCACGCCACUGUCUUCAAUUUUCAUUUCUUGGCACUGACUUGGGUAAUAAUCGGAGGAAAUCUAGUAGAACAACAUCCCAUUUCUCCUAUGAGGAUUUGCCUGAUGAAACUAAGAAAGAACCUUUCACUGAUGACGAGAGUCUUAAAGAAACACAUUCACUCCUUCGGGAAGUCCAUCUUUCAAUCUUUGAUGAGCAGGUUUUUGAUUGGGCAAAUCAUGAGGCAUUCAGUCCAUCUUUUGGGGUCAAUGUGACUGGGAUAAGAGAAAACUAUUUACAAUUGAGUAUAGGUGAAGGAGCUUCUGCAUUCAUUUCGCUUUUUCCAUUUCAAAAAGAUGAUAAAAUAAUUGAUAGUCCAGUGGCUCAGAAUUUGGACACUGCAAUUAUACCGAUGGAAACAUCUGAUGGAUCAAGAUUAGGUGAAGGAAAAAAUGAUACCUCCAAAAGGAAGUCGAGGUUUCCUGAUCGAAUUAGUUCUGAAAUUUAUUUAGAGCAACUCUUUCACGAACAUGUUCUUCGAAGAGCCAAGGAAGGAUCCAGUGCUGCUAGUAGACCUCAAUUAGCGAUUCAACCAGCGAAGGAUGGGUUAAAUUUUCUAAGUCAUUUCUGCAUGUCUCUGGCUCACAGGAUCUUUGCCAAUCAAGUUCUGGUUGAGUUGGAAAAUCUGGUUGCUGGGGUUCCUUAUCUUCAUCUUAUAUCCCAUCCUACUUGGCAUUCUCGAACAUCUUCUUGGACACUCUCCAUCAGUGUUCCCCAGUCCAUUCUUCACGCUGGACGCCAAGCCCAAAGCUCAGGCGUCAAACAUAACAAGGAUGUAAAAUCACAGUUUCGGACUAAGGUGGUGGUGAAUGACGAUUGCAUCAAUGUAGAAGGGGAAGGUGCUCCAAAUGUUGUCGGUCUCUUCAAAAGAUCUGAGAGCAUCUCCACCAUGAACAGAUAUGAGUGUGACUUGGCAGAUCUUCCGCUGAUACUUCUUCAGCAGAUUGCAAGCCAAGUUGUGCACUGGCUUCACGAGGAAGCUCUGAUGAUGGGAAUAAAAGUGAGGCGGGACUAUCUGAGCUUGUCGUUUGAGUUGGAGCAAGGAGAAACGCUAGGGCUGGUGGCGCACGUCGACCCGGAGGAGCCGGAAGACGGGCAAGGAUGCAUCUCGUGGUGGAUGGUGAUGGACAGCGAGGAAAGCAAAUUUGGAGGAGGAGGUGGUGGUGAAUAUGAGAGAAGCAAGAAAUAUUUGGGGUAUUUGUCAUUGGAGGUGCUGUAUUCAACGUUGAUGGACUUGGUCAACCUCUGCAACGGUGGUAGGAACCGCCCCUGAUGAUUUUCGUAGGCUCAAAAUAGCAGAGGUUCUCUCUUAUUGCUGCUGGCUUCCAGUUCUAGUUUUGCUCUCUAAUGGUAAUGGGUUAUAGGGGUAUGACCUAGUCAAAUCGCUGCCCCUGACCCUGUCUGUCUUUCCUGAUUUUGAUCCCUUCUCGAUGUCGUAGGCCUCUUCUCCUAGUAGUAGUGGUGAUCAACUAGAUUACAGUGUUAAAAUAGAUUGUUACUGGAUCUUACCAUAUCGCCAUACUGUUUGUUGUCUGUAUUCUGUAGUGUCCCAACGGGGACAGCCCAGGCAAUCGUUAUGUUAGUCGCGUCGGGUAACCAAUAUUCUUCAUACUUUUAGUAUCUCUAUUCAAGUUGAUAUAUUUUUCUGUGUAA